AUAUAUAUAUAUAUGAUGAAUUUCUCUAAAAGUUCUCUACUUAAUCUUAAUUCUAUUGAAGAAAUAGAACAGAAUAUGAAAAAUUUCAAUAUAAAUAGUAAAAAAAAUCUUUUUCAUUAUUAUGACGUAACAACUUCUCAAAUUUGUGACAAUGAAAACCCUCUUGAACAAUGUUCCUAUGUCUGUACAAGGUCAUAUAUUUCUUCAACUGAAACUGAUUUACCAAAGCACAAUCAAGAAAAUUACAUUGUUCUAACAGACAAUAAUAUUGAAAUUAGUACACAGACACCAAUGGUAAAAAGACCUUUAUUGAUACCUACAACGCCAAUAAAGAAAAAGAAACAAUGGAACAGAAACGAAUUAAAGCCAAAAAAGUUAAUAUAUCAAGACGAAAGAUUCUAUGAGAUCAACGAUAGGGAUAGUGGUGUCGUACUUGAAUCCGAAAAUUAUUCUGAGAUAUGUAGUACUAUAAAAUACAAUAUAUUUCAACAAGAGAAUAAAAAAACAGAGAAAAUAUCUAAUAUAAAAGGAGUAACACAAAAUUCUAAUGUAUUAAUAGAACCAAGAAUUACUAGAUCGAUAACAAAAAAGUUACAGUUGUACAAUAAAAAUAAUGAAAAUAAUAUACAAGAAAUACACGAGAUAGUAGAAACACCAAGAAAUACAAAAAAUAAUACAAUAACAAAGGCUACAUGUAGUAAAAAGUCAACUAAUUAUAGUAAAAAGAAUCAAAACUUUUGUGAGAGAAAAGAAAGUAAGAUAAAUAAUUUGGAUAGAUCACAGUAUAUUGUAUGUGAGAACGAUCACAAUAUGCCAAUAUUGUCUCAAUACAAUGGCAAUGGAACAUGGCAAGAUAAGUUACAAUGGUUACAACCACGUCGAGACGUAGGUAUGUGGAUACAAUGUUGUCGAAAAAAAUGUAAAAAAUGGAGGUAUACUAUAGACUAUCAUGAUCCAAUAGAUGUACCUGUUAUAUGGUACUGCGAAAUGAAUUCUGGUAAAUAAAUU